UUUGCCAGAAACAAACCUUGAGUUUUUUAAAAAGUAGUUUUUCACUUGAGGGGGGCGAGUCUACGUAGUAAGGUGCCUCUUAGUAAGUUGGGGUGACUAUUGCCCAACUUGACUUUGCGCCUUGAGGUUUUUCUCAAGAGCAAUCAUGAGCUGAGCCCUCCUUUGUACUCACCUUGUUUGUGUGCGCUUCGUGAAAUGGGUGCCUGGGUUUGGAAGGACAAGUUGUGACUGGAGGUUCUCCUGUGAAGUGCAGCCAAGGAAUCAAGGUCCUCACCAUACCACGUCUUCAUGAUGUAUCGCUGUCAUUGAACAUCAGCCCAUCUGGAAGCUCCAGGGAAGCGCAGCCAUCAGUAUGUCUAAGUACAAACUGAUCAUGUUAAGACAUGGAGAGGGUGCUUGGAAUAAGGAGAAUCGUUUUUGUAGCUGGGUGGAUCAGAAACUGAACAGUGAUGGCUUGGAGGAAGCUCGGAACUGUGGGAAGCAACUCAAAGCACUCAACUUUGAAUUUGACCUUGUGUUCACAUCCGUCCUUAAUCGGUCCAUCCACACUGCCUGGCUGAUCCUGGAAGAACUGGGGCAGGAGUGGGUCCCUGUGGAAAGCUCCUGGCGUCUAAACGAGCGUCACUAUGGAGCCCUGAUUGGCCUCAACCGGGAGAAGAUGGCUUUGAAUCAUGGCGAAGAGCAGGUGAGGCUCUGGAGGAGGAGCUACAGCGUGACCCCCCCGCCCAUCGAUGAGUCUCACCCUUACUACCACGAAAUCUACAGUGACCGGAGAUACAAAAUGUGUGAUGUCCCCUUUGAUCAGCUGCCACGGUCGGAAAGCCUGAAGGAUGUUCUGGAGAGACUCCUUCCCUUCUGGAAUGACAGGAUUGCCCCGGAGGUGUUAAGUGGCAAAACCAUUCUGAUAUCUGCUCAUGGAAAUAGCAGCAGGGCGCUCCUGAAACAUCUGGAAGGUAUCUCUGACGAAGACAUCAUCAACAUCACCCUCCCCACGGGCGUCCCCAUCCUUCUGGAGCUGGAUGAGAACCUGCGUGCUGUUGGGCCUCACCAGUUCCUGGGCGACCAAGAGGCCAUCCGAGCAGCCAUUAAGAAAGUAGAGGAUCAAGGAAAAGUGAAAAAAGCUCAAAAAUAAAGUGUCUCUCUCGGGUGCUGGCAAGGAAGAACUGCAGAAGGGGCUGCAUGCAGUGUGUUACGGGUGCUGGUGUCUCCUUUUUCCUUUUUCCUGAUCUUUUUCCAGCGCUUUCAAGAGCUAGGCUGUGGGGUAGUAUUUAUAGAGGUAACUAGAGAAAUUAUGUUGACCGAGAUAAAAGCCUUAGUCAGGGUGCCCGAGGGCGUGGGUCAUAAGCCUUGUGAGUUGGCUCUCCUGCUGCCCAGAUUAGUUUACUCACUAAAGCUAGAGAAGUUCCUGUAAGUUCCUGAGCUGGGAGAGUGACAAGCAGAGAUGAAGUUUGGAUAUUCACGCUUCAUGAAAUGAUUGUUGAGUCACCACUGGCAGGCACUACUUAUUCCAAUAAGUAGUUGACUUUGAGAUCUAGUAAGACUUUCUGGGAUGGUGGUAAGGGAUACUGUAAAAAUACACUAUACUUCAGUAUUUAUUACUAGUCUUUUCUUGUAGGAAAAGGGAUGCUUCACUAGUUAAGACCGGAGGCCCUAAAGGGGGUCAGUCACAGGUGGGUUCCUUGACAGCCAGCAGCAAACAAGGCCCUUUGCUCGGGCUCUUGUCCAGAGACUCGUGCGUGUGACUUUCGGUAGGAUUCUCCUUUGGCUGCUAGGAUUAGCAGCAUGUAGACAACUAUCGCUGUUUGUGUUCUCUUUUUGUUUUGUGAACUUUGACCUUUGGGUACCUAAAAUUGGUUUAAAAAUAAAGUUCUGUAACUGGAUAUGCUAUUCCCAAGGAUUCUGCUUGUGAUUGAUAAAUAUUAGGUGAAAGCGUCUGAACUGCCUUUGGCUCACAUCUUCUCAAAACACUCAAGGAGUCGUAUUUAUUUCAACAGA